AAAAGAGAAUUUUGUGGUGGCGCUGUCAUCGGAUUUUUUUUUCAGUGUGUUUGGGUGUUUUGUUUUCCUUUGAAAAUUAUUAUUUUCUUGUGCCGGAUAAAAUGCCCGUGGACAUGAAUUGUCUCACAGCUGGUUGGUUGGAAUUGGAGAGUGAUCCGGGAUUGUUUACCCUGCUACUGGAGGACUUUGGUGUGGAGGGCGUACAAGUGGAGGAGAUUUAUGAUCUUCAGAAACCGCUUGAAGCUCCGGUUUAUGGGUUUAUCUUCCUCUUCCGGUGGAUUGAGGAACGUCGUGCUAGGAGGAAAGUUGUGGAGACAACAGACAUCUUCGUGAAGGAUGAGGAAGCGGUCAAUUCAAUCUUCUUUGCCCAGCAAAUGGUUCCAAACAGCUGUGCUACUCAUGCUCUGCUGUCGGUGCUCCUUAACUGUUCUGGGCUGCAUUUGGGAGACACCCUGGGACGAUUGAAGGUUCACACAAAGGGGAUGUGUCCGGAGAAUAAGGGAUGGGCAAUUGGGAAUACGCCGGAAUUGGCAUGUGCUCACAAUUCCCACGCAAUGCCACAGGCAAAGAGGAGGCUGGAUAAGACGAGUGGGGUGUCAACGGGACGCUUCACCGGAGAGGCCUUUCAUUUUGUCAGCUUUGUCCCCAUCAAUGGGCACUUGUUUGAAUUGGAUGGCCUGAAACCCUUUCCAAUGGAUCAUGGGCCGUGGGAGGAACGUGAGGACUGGACGGACAAAUUCAGGCGCAUCAUGGCUGAUCGUCUGGGCAUUUCAACGGGAGAACAAGAUAUUCGCUUCAAUCUCAUGGCUGUUGUGCCCGAUCGAAGAAUAGCAAUAACGCACAAACUGAAGAUGCUCAAAACAAAUCAAGCAAUCGUCACAGCUGCCCUGGAGAAACUCCUAAAAGCCUCAAAUAGUAAACCAGACACCAAUUCCACUGCCGAUCGCAAACCCGGAGAUCAUCCCUGUGAUGGUAUAAAGUCCGAAGGGGAAACAAACGCAUCCGGAGCAUCGGAGAAUCACGUAGAUGCCAAGAAGGAGGCAGUUAAAGAGGAGGAUGUGUCUCCGGCGUCAUUCCUCGAACCGCAGGCCUUCUCGCCGAAGGAUCUCCUGGCACUGCUGAAGAAUCUCGAGAGUGAAAUUGCCACGACGGAGCAGCAUUUGAGUGAUGAGAAUGACAAACGGGCCAUGUUCAAAGUGGACGACUGCCGGCGAACGCAUAACUACGACGAAUUUAUCUGUACAUUCCUCAGUAUGUUGGCGCACGAGGGAGCCCUUGGGGAGCUCGUGUCGCAGCACCUUCUCCUGCCGCGGAAGAUUCCCACCACAACAGCCAAGAGAUCUCCAAGUACCGGCACCACGGGCAAAGGUACCGGCGGAAAACGACGUCGGGGGAAGAAUAAGUGUCGACGCCGGAAAUAGGGAAGCCCCACAACGAAGCACCCCCCAAAUUCCUUCCGAAUGUAAAUAAAGAUUUCAAUUUUUCUGCAAAA